CGCGCCCCUCCCCCUCCAGCCCGCUCCCUCCUCCCCUGCCCUCUGCCUCCUCCCCUCCUGCCAGUACAGUACAACUAGUACGCGCGCACACAGACAGACAGACACACACACACACACACACACACACACCCGCGCACACACACAAGCGCGGACCCUGCUGCUGCCACUGCAGCUACCAUGGAUAUCAGCUAACAACACACACACACAGGCGCGCGCGCGCGCUCCCACUCGCACCACGCAGGAGUGGCCCCCGGCAUCCCUACCCUCAUUCCCCACCCCCACCCCCACCCGCUCACCAGCUCGGCUACUGCUCGCUCAGGCUGCCGCCGCCGCCGCCAGCACCACCACAGCUCUCCUCAGCUGCGGGGCCACAGCUUUGAGUGUCAUUCAAGGGACAGCACAACCUCACCCAAGCUCUCCUACCUCUGCCCUGCCGUCCCUGUCAUCCUCCCUCUUCCUCGUCCAUACUCCAUCCAAAGAAGAGGGAAAGCACCGAACUGAGGGGAGAGGAAGGCAAAGUCUGCUCUUCUCACCUCUUGGCCCCCUGGCUCCUCCAUCCUCGUUCUCUCACCACCCUACCCCAAAGGAGCCCCUCAGAAGCUGAGGAGACUCGCCCCACUGCCAUGUCCAAAAGCUUGAAAAAGAAAAGCCACUGGACUAGCAAAGUCCAUGAGAGUGUCAUUGGCAGGAACCCGGAGGGCCAGCUGGGCUUUGAACUGAAGGGGGGCGCCGAGAACGGACAGUUCCCCUACCUGGGGGAGGUGAAGCCGGGCAAGGUGGCCUAUGAGAGCGGCAGCAAGUUGGUGUCGGAGGAACUGCUGCUGGAAGUGAACGAGACCCCCGUGGCGGGGCUCACCAUCAGAGACGUGCUGGCCGUCAUCAAACACUGCAAGGACCCCCUCCGGCUCAAGUGUGUCAAGCAAGGAGGAAUUGUUGAUAAGGAUCUUCGUCACUACCUCAACUUACGAUUUCAGAAGGGUUCUGUGGACCACGAACUGCAGCAAAUCAUUCGUGACAACCUCUACCUCCGCACAGUGCCAUGCACCACAAGGCCACAUAAGGAGGGUGAGGUCCCUGGAGUGGACUAUAUUUUCAUCACUGUUGAAGAUUUUAUGGAAUUGGAGAAAAGUGGUGCUCUUCUAGAAAGUGGGACUUAUGAAGACAAUUACUACGGUACCCCAAAGCCUCCAGCAGAACCAGCACCAUUAUUAUUAAAUGUAACAGACCAGAUACUUCCCGGAGCCACUCCAAGCGCUGAAGGAAAACGAAAGAGGAAUAAGUCAGUGAGCAACAUGGAGAAAGCAAGUAUAGAGCCUCCUGAGGAGGAAGAGGAGGAGAGGCCUGUGGUCAACGGAAACGGAGUAGUAGUAACACCAGAAUCCAGUGAACAUGAAGACAAGAGUGCAGGUGCCUCAGGGGAGACACCCUCCCAGCCUUAUCCUGCACCAGUAUAUAGUCAGCCUGAGGAGCCAAAGGAGCAGAUGGAGGAUGCAAAACCAACGAAACCUGAAGAGAGUGAGGAAUCAGACCCAUUGCCUGAUAACUGGGAAAUGGCCUACACAGAGAAGGGUGAAGUCUACUUCAUUGACCAUAACACAAAGACAACAUCAUGGCUGGAUCCACGACUUGCGAAAAAGGCUAAACCUCCAGAAGAGUGCAAAGAAAAUGAGCUUCCAUAUGGCUGGGAAAAAAUCGAUGAUCCCAUAUAUGGCACUUAUUAUGUUGACCACAUAAAUAGAAGAACACAGUUUGAAAACCCUGUCCUGGAAGCAAAAAGGAAGCUACAGCAGCAUAACAUGCCCCACACAGAACUUGGAACAAAGCCCCUGCAGGCCCCAGGUUUCCGAGAAAAACCACUGUUCACCCGGGAUGCAUCCCAGUUGAAGGGAACAUUCCUCAGCACCACACUAAAAAAGAGCAACAUGGGGUUUGGAUUUACCAUCAUCGGUGGAGAUGAACCUGACGAGUUUCUGCAGGUGAAAAGUGUGAUUCCCGAAGGGCCUGCUGCACAGGAUGGGAAAAUGGAAACAGGUGAUGUCAUUGUCUAUAUUAAUGAAGUUUGUGUCCUUGGACACACUCAUGCUGAUGUAGUCAAACUUUUCCAGUCUGUUCCUAUUGGUCAGAGUGUCAACCUGGUGUUGUGUCGUGGCUACCCUUUGCCCUUUGACCCUGAAGAUCCUGCCAACAGCAUGGUGCCACCCCUUGCAAUAAUGGAGAGGCCACCUCCAGUGAUGGUCAAUGGAAGACAUAACUAUGAAACAUAUUUGGAAUACAUUUCUCGGACCUCACAGUCGGUUCCAGAUAUAACAGAUCGGCCGCCUCAUUCUUUGCACUCAAUGCCAGCUGAUGGUCAGCUAGAUGGCACGUAUCCACCACCUGUCCAUGACGACAAUGUAUCUAUGGCUUCAUCUGGGGCCACCCAAGCUGAACUUAUGACCUUAACCAUUGUGAAAGGUGCCCAGGGCUUUGGCUUCACCAUUGCCGAUAGUCCUACAGGACAGAGGGUGAAACAAAUACUUGACAUUCAGGGAUGCCCUGGCCUGUGUGAAGGCGACCUCAUUGUUGAGAUCAACCAGCAGAAUGUACAGAACCUGAGCCAUACGGAAGUCGUGGAUAUACUUAAGGACUGUCCCAUUGGAAGCGAGACUUCUUUGAUUAUCCAUCGAGGAGGUUUCUUUUCUCCAUGGAAAACUCCAAAGCCUAUAAUGGAUCGAUGGGAGAAUCAAGGCAGUCCUCAGACGAGUUUAUCUGCUCCGGCCAUACCGCAGAACCUGCCCUUCCCACCUGCCCUUCACAGGAGUUCCUUUCCGGACUCAACAGAGGCCUUUGACCCAAGGAAGCCUGACCCAUAUGAGCUCUACGAGAAAUCUAGAGCCAUUUAUGAAAGUAGGCAACAAGUGCCACCAAGGACCAGUUUUCGAAUGGAUUCCUCUGGUCCAGAUUAUAAGGAGCUGGAUGUUCACCUUCGCAGGAUGGAGUCUGGAUUCGGCUUCAGAAUCCUUGGGGGAGAUGAGCCUGGACAGCCUAUUUUGAUUGGAGCUGUCAUCGCCAUGGGCUCAGCUGACAGAGAUGGCCGCCUCCACCCGGGGGAUGAGCUCGUUUAUGUGGAUGGGAUUCCGGUGGCUGGCAAGACCCACCGCUAUGUCAUCGACCUCAUGCACCAUGCGGCCCGGAAUGGGCAGGUCAACCUCACUGUGAGAAGAAAGGUGCUAUGUGGAGGGGAGCCCUGCCCAGAGAACGGGAGGAGUCCAGGCUCUGUAUCAACCCACCACAGCUCUCCUCGCAGUGACUACGCGGCCUACACCAACACCUACGCCAACAGCAACCACGCCGCCCCCAGUAGCAACGCCUCUCCGCCCGAAGGCUUCGCAUCACACAGCCUGCAGACCAGCGAUGUGGUCAUUCACCGCAAAGAGAAUGAAGGCUUCGGCUUUGUCAUCAUCAGCUCCCUGAACAGGCCUGAGUCUGGAUCCACCAUAACUGUGCCCCAUAAAAUCGGACGCAUCAUCGAUGGGAGUCCCGCAGAUCGCUGUGCAAAACUAAAAGUGGGAGACCGAAUCCUAGCAGUGAACGGCCAGUCAAUCAUCAACAUGCCUCACGCAGACAUCGUGAAGCUCAUCAAGGAUGCAGGUCUUAGUGUCACCCUUCGCAUCAUCCCCCAGGAGGAGCUCAACAGCCCAGCCUCGGCACCCAGCUCAGAGAAGCAGAGCCCCAUGGCUCAGCAGCACAGCCCCUUGGCCCAACAGAGUCCUCUGGCCCAGCCCAGCCCGGCCACCCCCAACAGUCCUGUCGCCCAGCCAGCUCCUCCUCAGCCACUUCAGCUACAAGGACACGAAAAUAGUUACAGGUCAGAAGUAAAAGCAAGGCAAGAUGUGAAACCAGACAUCCGACAGCCUCCGUUCACGGACUACAGGCAGCCCCCACUGGACUACAGGCAGCCCCCAGGAGGGGACUACCCGCAACCCCCGUCCUUGGACUACAGGCAGCCUCCCCUGCUGGACUACAGGCAGCACUCUGCUGACACCAGGCAGUUCCCUCUGUCAGACUACAGGCAGCCCCAGGAUUUUGAUUAUUUCACUGUGGACAUGGAGAAAGGAGCCAAAGGAUUUGGAUUCAGCAUUCGGGGAGGAAGGGAAUACAAAAUGGAUUUGUACGUGUUGAGACUGGCAGAAGAUGGGCCAGCAAUAAGGAAUGGAAGAAUGAGGGUAGGAGAUCAGAUCAUUGAAAUCAAUGGGGAGAGCACAAGAGACAUGACACACGCCAGAGCGAUAGAGCUCAUCAAAUCGGGAGGAAGGAGAGUGAGGCUGUUGCUGAAGCGCGGGACGGGUCAGGUCCCAGAGUACGAUGAACCCAGCUCCUGGAGUUCUCCCGCUGCCGCCUCCCCAGGUCUGCCGGAAAUAGGCGUCUCCCUGGAGGACGUCCUCUCUCCAUUCUCUCCAUCACAUCCAGCCCCACCCUCCGACCCUUCCCACCAGAUAAGCCCAGACCUGACGUGGGAUAUCAAAAGGGAACACGACGUUAGGAAACCAAAGGAGCUUUCAGCCGGCGGCCAGAAGAAGCAGCGCCUCUGGGAGCAGAGCGAGCGCUCGGCCAGCCCGCAGAGGGCCGCUCGGCCAAGGCUCGAGGAGGCGCCCGGCGGCCAAGGGCGGCCCGAGGCCGGCAGGUCCUCCUCGGAGGCCAGGGCGCCCGGGCCCGCGGCGGGGGCCGGCAGCAAGGAGGGGCCGCGCGGCGCGACCAGCCCCGAGCUCUGCGGGCGCGAAGGCCCGGGCGGCGGGGGCGGGGGCGUGCGGGAGGCCGAGGGCAGGGCGGGCGUGCGCGCGGGGCCCCGGCAGGGCGCGCGGCCCCCGGGGAGCGGCCCCGCGCGCAAGGCCGCCGUGGCGCCGGGGCCCUGGAAGGUGCCAGGCUCCGACAAGCUGCCCGGCGUCCUCAAACCCGGCGCCUCGGCCGCGGGCAGAUGAGCCCGCCGCCCCGCCUCGACGCCUGCAGACCGUUCUUCUUAGGUUCCGUCUCACGGCGUUUUUAAUUUAUUUUCACUGUCACACGCAUAGAUCCCGGAGGCACCAAGGCCUGAGAGCAUCGACGUGAAGUCCCGCGUGUCCAACGGGCAUAGGCCGUACGGCGUCCACGCGCAGACCUGAACUGAUCCGAAAGCCCCUGCUUCCAUUGCUAGGGCUUUGGCAGCUAUGGAAGAACCAAAAUAACGUGAAGAACAUAACAGAGAGUGCAGUGUAGCUUUAGUUUUAAAAAAAGGAAAGAAAAAAAAAAUUCCCCCCACUGCAUGAAGGAUUUGGAUGUCAUCCAACUUUAUAUCAAGAAACUGGACAAGUUAAGAGCAAUCACAAACUGGAAUAUCGCCUUAAAAAUCAAACUGCACGGAGCAAGCUGAAAGUGAGACAAGAUUAUAUCUUUUAAUUGAUCUAAAGAGUUGUAAAUAAAUUGUUCUUGACAUAUCUAGACAGGGGUAAAAAGGUUUCUUUGAAACAUUUAGAACUGUUCGCCCAUGACAUGUUUCCACGGCUCACCCGUGGCAUCCAUCACCCGUCUUAGCAGCAACGUUCCCUGCAGACUGCAGGAUGAGCUAGAAAUUAGUGAAUUCAUUGAUGUGAUGCCAUUUUUACUGCCAUUUCUGUAAUCACAUUUCUGUACAUUUUCAGUGGUAGAAAAGGUUUAAAAAUUGUGUCCUAGGGAACAGUUUGCCGUAAGUCCGAACUUUGCAGUUUAGCUGAUAGAUCUUAAUUGGUUUUCGUCUAAAAUAAGAAUUUUAUAAUUGAAGGACCACAAUUCCUUACAUCAAGAUUGGGAAUGCUGCAGUUCCUUUAUGAGAAGGCUUUCCUGUUGUCUCAGGCUCAGAGAUAGGAGCUGCUUUGACAGCAGUGCUUCAUUUCAUUUGUUUCGUUGUCUUUAAAAAUCCUCUUUCCAUUACUUCACUUUCACUUUGAUAGAGCAAAGUAUUUCUCAGAUUAUAAUGACUCCCUAAUAUUAAAAAAUCAUUAUUAGGACCAAUUUAUUUUCAUUAAAGAACAUGGAUCUUCUUAGCAUUCCUUUCUGCUUAUCUUUCUUAUUCUUUCUCCGUCUAUUUCCAUUUGGUUUGCUUUUUUGUCUAGAUAUUUCUGUUUAUCUUCCUCUUCCAUGGUUGAUCCUCUAGUAAAAUCCUAAAGCUUGCCUUUCCUCUGCUGUUUUAAUAUUUCUUUGUAAGACGUUACCUUCAGUUAAUUAGCCAUGCACUUACUUGUAGCUACACAUAUUAAAAGGCAAAUGCUUCUCUUUAAUAAGACCUGAAUGAAAGAAAGAGGCUUCAUCCUUCCCAUAUUCUGCCCCUCACAAGAGUUCAAAUGCAAAUAAGCCUCACCUCCCUGCACUUGAAGUCAAGGAAGUAAAGAAGGUCAGGUCCAUCACUGGAGGUCACACAUAACAGCCUCCCUCAGCUGACUCUUCCUCUCUUUGUAAUUGCAGUUUCCUGAGCACUAGCUGUUUAAUUUCCAUCAGGCAUAGGAAUAGUUCAGUUGUUUGACAAGAGGAGAAUAUGCUUGAAAGCCUCAAGUGAAGAGUCUUGCAGCUUGUAAAACAAUUUCCAAAAAUGAAACCCAUUCAUCAUAAACAAAAGCACAAACACAUGUAGCAGUUUACAGUACUUUUGGUUUAAUCUCAAUUAGUCUUUCUACCCUGGACUAGAAAUCCAGUAUAGUUUGCCAUUAAUUUAUUGAAUCUGGUUUUGGACAAUGCUUCUGUAGUGUAGCUGCACGUCCCGGUACUGUAUCCUCUGACCUUGAUUUUCCAUUUGUUACAAAAGGAUUAAAAACUUGAGAUUACGCUUGCAUAAACUAUGAUUUGCACAGUUCACAGCUACUAUUUGUGCAGCUAUUGCUUUAUGCAGCUGUAAUCCAUAACCUGUGAAGACAGCACAUCAUCUAAAUCCCAUUCCAAAUAAUACUUCUGUGUAGUGUUAGCUGUGAAUUUACCCUGUACAGCUGUAUCUCUAUAAAUAUAAUUACAUGUAUUAAUAGUCACAGAAAGACUGUAAGUGAGCAACUAUUUUUAUGAAACGCACCACUAUGGAUAAAUUAACUUUUACAGAAAUCUUGUUUACUGUAUGAUAUUCUAAAACACUGUCAAAUAAAAUAUAUAUCCAAAAAUAUUUUCUUUUUCCAACUAUACAGGCUGUGUGUUAAUUUAAGGUAAAUAAUUACUGGAAGUUAACUUGAUUUUUUUUUUAAACUGUAGUAUUCAUAGACUUUUUAAAGUAUAAGUUUAAUGCCCCAAACAGGACUUCUUUGAAACUUGAAUCUAAAUGCAGUGGCAUUACAAGGAAAAAAACUGUUGACCUUUUUCACCCAAGUAAACAGAGUUUUCUCACAAUCUGGUUGGUAUUUGCCAAUCAGCUAACUGUAUCAUAUAUGAAUUGGCAGUAUGUUUCUGUUGCUUGCUACAUUGAUUGAUACUUAGCCUUUUUCCCCCAAAAGGAUUGACGGUAUCAAUCAACAAUAAAUUCCAUCACAUUUUUUCCUUUUAAUUCUGAAUUUUUUUUCAUGCAAAAUCCCAAGGAGUUAAUGCAGAAGCCAACACUUAGUGAACAUCAGUGUAGGGGUCCAAAAUGAAUAGCUGAAAAUGCCAUUAGCUACGUAGGACAAUACCUGCGCUAGGGAGAAAAGCGAAUUCGCAGUAAUAGGAUGAUGAUAACCCUGCCAUCAAGGAGAUUCAGUCUAAGAAACAGUUCUCAACCUUACUCCUGUCAAGACUUCCCACUGAUGUCAACAGGAGGCCUAAAAUUCCUAAACGGACCGCUUUUUAGCCCAAUAUAAUUUUUUAAAUUAAAUCUAUUAUGUAUCACUCUUAGAAAAGGGAAGAAGUUGAAAUGUAGAAUCAACCACAAAAGUUGAGAUAUCUGUAAUAUGUCAUUCUUUACAAACUAAUCUGAGAAAGGCCAAGUGCAGGCUGAAAAAAGCAAGACUUAUAAAACGAUAUAGUUAACAAAAUGGGGUGUAAAAAUUAAUAAUGCACAGCUGAUUACUGUUUUAAAAGAAGAAAAGUCCUCAGGACAUCAAGCAGGUUAGAAGUCAAAGACCAGUGAGAUUAAGGCAGGGGCAGAGCAGGACUAGGUUCAGGCAGGUAAAGAGCCUUAUCUUGAAUCAAAUGUCUCCAAGGUCAGGCAGGAAAUUAUUGAAAAAAUGGAGAGCCAGGUGGGGACAAGGCCAACCCACAAGCACAUCCCUCCUCUAAAGCUGUCAUUUUGUCAAGCCCAAGUCUACCGUGA